GUUUGGCGUGUAGGCCGUUCUCCAGGCAGUGUCAUGCUUGACAUCAGCCCUGUGCCAGGCUCUGUUGACGACGUCGUCAAAAUACUGAUAAAGAAAUAUCCUCUUAACAAUGGUGUCCUUACGUACCGCGAAAGACAACGUGUAGUCGCUGAAAUCAACCUCAGAACUGAAGAACAAAGGUCCAGUGCCAUCGAGCAGGGCAUCGAGUUUACACCAACCAUAACGAUCUGUGCCACUCCCGCCUUGGCGAAGAAUGCCACGAUUGAAAAGCUUCGCCUCAUCCAUCUUCCGCUACUCAGCCCGGAAGAUCUGGAACGCGGUUUGCGAGAAACGUUUCGUCCUUACGGUGACAUCCUCGAUGUCGGUAUCAAUCGCAAUCCAAGAACGAAAGCUUACAUGGGCCAAGGUUUCGCCGUCCUGGAUAUACAGCCACGACAUAAUCAACAACUCCACGCUCUUGAUCAUCAUAUUCCCUGGUGCGGCGACCAGGAAGAGUUGAUCUAUGCCAAUUUUGAUCAGAAGCCGCUCCACUGCUCGCGCUGCCAUAAGCCAGGGCAUGCCGUUGCCGACUGCCCACGCGCCCGA